CCUCGAGGGCAUAAAGUAGAACGACAAUAUCCCACUACUACUCACAAUCCAUCCACACAGACACACACACAUAGACGUUCACACACAAAAUUCCAUUACAAUCGACCCCUUUCCCAGCGAUGGAGACCUCCAACUUCACCACCGCCCUCCUCCAGGGUCACUCUAUCACCUUCCCCGAAUCCGCAAACACACGCGAAUACGCCGCCUCACUCGACGCACAAGAUCCCCUCGCCGCCCUGCGCGCCGAUUUCAUCAUCCCUACCAAAGCAAGCCUGGCCGCGAAAUCCAUCCCUGUCGCUACAUCCACGCUCCAAACCACCACACUCCGCAACGACAGCGCGCAAGACCUCACCACCACCACCACCACCACCACCACCACCACAAACAAUGCCGACGCCACCACCGCCGAAGACAACGAGCCCGCCGUAUAUUUCUGCGGCAACUCCCUCGGAUGCCAGCCCAAAGCCGUACGCACCUACCUCGCCGCCCACCUCGACACAUGGGCCUCCGUCGGCGUCCAAGGCCACCACCACGGUCUCACCGCAUCACCACUCCCAGCAUGGCAAGACCUAGCCGCACAAGCAUCUAGCCAAAGCGCCGCCAUCGUCGGCGCCCAGCCGGACGAAGUAAUCAUCAUGAACACCCUCACCAUCAACCUGCACCUCAUGCUCGCCAGCUUCUACACGCCCACGGCCCAGCGACACAAGAUCAUCUGCGAAUGGAAGCCGUUCCCAAGCGACUACUACGCCGUGGAAUCGCAGCUGCGACUGCACGGGCGCGACCCGGCGGCUUCGCUGGUGCUCGUGCAACCGGAUGCCAAUGCGCUGAUUCCGACGGCCAAGAUCCUGGCUGCUAUCGACGAGCAUGCGGAUGAUGCGGCGCUGCUGCUGCUGCCGGGCAUUCAGUAUUACUCUGGCCAGCUGUUUGAUAUACCGCGCAUCACGGCGUAUGCGCAGGCGCGUGGGAUUAUGGUGGGAUGGGACCUGGCGCAUGCGGCGGGGAAUGUGCCAUUGAAGCUGCAUGACUGGAAUGUGGAUUUUGCGGUGUGGUGUACGUACAAGUACCUGAAUGCUGGGCCGGGGAGUAUUGGGGGGUGUUUCGUGCAUGAGAAACAUGGCGCGGUGACGUACUCUGAUGGUGUGGACUCGGUGCCGAUGUUCAGGCCGCGGUUGACGGGGUGGUAUGGGCAUGACAAGGACACGCGGUUUUUGAUGGACAACAAGUUCAGGCCGACGCCAGGCGCGGCUGGGUUCCAGUGCUCGAAUCCAAGUGUGGUGGAUCUGGCGUCUCUCUCCGGGGCGUUGAGCGUGUUCAACAAGACUGAUAUGGCAAGUCUGCGAGCGAAGAGUCUGUUGUUAACAAGCUAUGCGGAGUUCCUUUUGGAUGGUAUCCUGGAGAGGUAUGAGGGUGCAUUUACGGUAUUGACGCCACGGAAUGUGGCAGAGAGAGGCGCGCAGCUGAGUGUACUGCUCAGGGAUGGACUGCUGGAGAAGGCUGGUGAUUUCUUUAAGAAUGCUGGUGUGGUAUGCGAUCAGAGGAAGCCUGGCGUGAUCAGAGUGGCUCCUGUACCGAUAUAUAACAACUUCACGGACGUCUGGAAGUUCAUGGAGGUGUUGGAGAAGGCAAUUAGCUCGUAGUCACUGGCGUAAUCUUCAUCUGUAUAUAUUGUU